AUGGGGUUCCCACUGACAUACAAGACAGAAUCAGCCAAAGGAAGAAGACUCACAUUUUCUCCAGCGUUGUUCUGGUGGGGCUUGACUGUGGUUGUACUACAAAUAGUUAUCGUGAGUUUUCACCUGUAUGUGUGGUCAUUGCGAGGUCUCAUCUCUGUUUUAAAUACAAAAACAACUCAUUUUUCUUUGAUCAUACUCAUUAUAAGUACGACGUUGACGGAAAUAGUCAUGUUCUACAUCUGUGCCAGGAAGUACUCAAAGUUUCUCGACGUGUCCAACACUCUGGAGAGAUUUGACCGCAGUCUGCAACUGGCACCACCUGCAUGUUGCAUGACAGUGACGUUCACUACAAUACUUGUUGUUAUAACGGCUACUCCUGUAAUAUCUCACGUGAUUCACGUGUACCUGAAACUAAAGUUUAUAAAAGAUCACGAAAUGGCCAUCCGACGUAUUAUGACACUUGUUUGUUUUGCAGUCUUCCACUGCAGACAAAUCUGUGUUUUGGCCCAAUUCCAUGAAGUCACUCAAUCUAUUGCGAAGAGAUUCAGACUAGUUAAGGCUAGGAUCAGACAAGAGUUGAUCAUCCAGAGCUAUAGACAAUCAGUGCGACGCCGGAACCCGCGAUGCAUCGAUCACAGACAAGACAGUACCUCCAGUACUAAGAUGAAUUCAUAUAUGCGCGCCUACCAAAUGCUGCUUGAUGCUGUAGACCAGGCAAAUGCAUUCUACUGUGACCUCCUACUGGGUUCAGUCUUCUGUAAGUUUCUCGAUGUUACCGCAAAACUCUUCACAUUCUACUGUCAUCUCGCAUAUGAAAGACACGUAAGUCUCUUAAUAAUAAUAACAACACUGUGUCACAUCUGUUACCUGCUAGUUGUCGUCUCUUCGAGCUCUGACGUCACUCAAGCGGCGGACGAGACAGCACCAAUAAUCUGCAAGUUGAUCAACCAGGAUUUGGAUGCAGGACUGAGGAAGCAACUGGAAACGUUCUUGAUGCAGCUGGCCGCUUACAACGUAAUGUUUUCUGCAAGAGGAUUUUUCCAAAUCAGCAGGCGAAUGUUAACUACGUUGGCAGCAACGGUGACAACAAAUUUGGUUAUCCUAAUUCAAUUUCAGUCCCAAUUUGAGGAAAGCGAUUAA